CUCCGCAGGACGCGUCAACAGUCAGUCCGCCAUGCAGCCCGCGAGACGCGCAGCUCGGCAGUGACAAGUGCUCCCGAAGUGUGUGUGUGUGCGUGUGUGUGAGUGUGUGUGUGUGUGUGUGUGUGUUCUCGAGCACACAGAGCAGAGCUCGAGACCCAGGACGAACUUUGCAGAACAUUUGCUUUUCGCUUUCCCCCCCCCCCCCCCUCUUCUUCCUCUUCUUCUUCUUGGAGCUAAAAAAAAAAGAGGCGGUGUUGGAUUUCUAUUUUAUUUUACUUUUCUAUUUAAAAAAGGGGGAUAUUAUUUUUUGGGGGGGUUCUACGCAUUUUUUUUUUCACCGACAUGGAGUACACUUCAUCCCCGAAACCGCAGCUCUCAUCCCGGGCAAACGCUUUCUCCAUAGCCGCCCUGAUGUCCAGUGGGAAGCCCAAUAAGGACAAGGAGACGGAGGAGAACACCAUCAAGCCCCUAGAACAAUUCGUGGAGAAGUCCUCCUGCAACCAGCAGUCCCUGGCCGACCUGUCCUCCUCCCUGGACGGGCACGGGGAUUUCAGCGGGAGCGCGCCCGCCGUGUGCACGGAGCCGCUCAUCCCCACCACUCCCGGCAUCCCGAGCGAGGAGAUGGCGAAGAUCUCGUGCAGCCUGGAGACCAAAGAGCUGUGGGACAAGUUCCACGACCUCGGCACCGAGAUGAUCAUCACCAAGUCUGGAAGGAGGAUGUUCCCCACCAUCCGGGUCUCUUUCUCCGGCGUGGACCAGGACUCCAAGUACAUCGUGUUGAUGGACAUCGUGCCGGUGGACAACAAGCGGUACCGGUACGCCUACCACCGGUCCUCCUGGCUGGUGGCCGGCAAGGCCGACCCUCCUCUGCCCGCCAGGUUGUACGUGCACCCGGACUCGCCGUUCACGGGGGAGCAGCUCGUGAAGCAGAUGGUUUCCUUCGAGAAAGUGAAGCUGACCAACAACGAGCUGGACCAGCACGGACACAUCAUCCUCAACUCCAUGCACAAGUACCAGCCGCGGGUCCACAUCAUCAAGAAGAAGGACCACACCGCCUCGCUGCUCAACCUCAAGUCCGAGGAGUUCCGCACCUUCGUCUUCGUGGAGACCGUCUUCACCGCCGUCACGGCCUACCAGAACCAGCUGAUCACCAAACUGAAGAUCGACAGCAACCCGUUCGCGAAAGGCUUCCGGGACUCGUCACGGCUCACGGACAUGGAGAGCAGGGAAAGUGUUGAGAAUCUGAUCCACAAGCACUCGUACGCCCGGUCGCCGAUCCGAACCUACGCCGGCGACGAGGACAACAUGAGCGAGGAAGGACACUGCGCACACGCCCGAGGCUCCGCCUUCACCGCCUCGGACAACCUCUCCCUGAGCUCCUGGGUCACCGCUUCGGGCUUCCCGGGCUUCCAGCACCCUCAGUCCCUGCCUCACCCCAUCCAGGGCUCCCUGCCCCCCUACAGCCGGCUGGGCAUGCCGCUGACGCCCACCGCUCUGGCCGGAUCCAUGCAGGGCAGCGGGCCCUCCUUCCCUACCUUCCACAUGCCCCGCUACCACCACUACUUCCAGCAGGGGCCCUACGCCGCCAUCCAGGGACUCCGCCACUCCUCCACGGUCAUGACGCCCUUCGUAUGACUCCGUCCUCCGGGGAGAGGAGACGGCCGAGGUCACUUCUCCACUCCGGCUCUUCACGACCCAUCCUCUUUGUAUCCCCCCCCCACUGGUUCAUGUAAAUAGUUCCCCUCCGGGUUGAAGAGGAUCGUUGGCCGCCUCCACGGGACCCUGCGGACGCGUCGGCAGGUUUCCACGAACACUUCGGUGACAUUGUACGAACACUCGGACAACAAACUCUUGAGACCCGAUGGGAGACGAGCAUGUUGGAUCUUUGAGGGGAAGACAGCGGAGCCUCAAAUAUUUAGAAAAUCGUCCCUCCGGGGGGAGGGGGGGGGGGGGAGGCUUUAGAGACGCGGGAUCAUUCGGCGUGGGGAUUUUUUGUUGCGCGGCUUCGUCUUGAGCCCGUGUGAACGUCUCAGCGUCAGAGUCUCAGCGUCCCUCUGUUUUUUUCUAGAGAGCCAGCCAUGUGUACAGUUCAAAAAUCGUCACACCCCGUUUGAAAAUACGGUUAAGAAACGUUGUACAGAGAUGAAAAUGCAACAUUUACUCACUGUAGAGUGCAAAAAAAAGAAGAAAUCAUAGGACGCAUGCUGACAGCAGUAGACAAACACGCUGGGUAAACUUAAUAUGGAACAAUGAUAAUGGGAUGAAUAAGAGCCGAGACAUAAGAACCUUUUGCGUACUUUUAAAGGCCCGGGCACACAGAACCGAGAAAAAACUAAAUCUAUUAGUUUCAAUGGAAUCUUUAUGUUGGGUCAUUCUGACUCACUGGAUGCAGAGGUGGAUAAAAAAGUCAUUUCAGAUCCUUAAUUCCUCUCCUUCCGCUAUUAUUUUUGAUGCAUCCUGUGCACCAGAAAAUGGUGGUUGGUUUAAAGAAUGCAAACUGCUCCACUAGGAAGGAGUUUUUCAAGGUACAGAUGUGUCUUCUGAGAGUCGUCGGCGAUGAGCUCGCCGACCGGCUGUAGCUCGUUGUUCCUCUUCUCCUGGAGAGGAAACACCAUGUGGGACUCAGAGGGUCGUUGUUAGGCCCCUGAGGGCGCUCCAGAGUCCCCCGGGGGCCACUUCCUGGUGUGACCGGCCUUUAGCUGAGAGGGAUUCAUUCACAAAAAGUGUUUCCAAAUUGUCUUUUUUUUAUUUUUGUAUUCACUGUUUUAUUGUCUCGCGGUGUGACGUCACAGGCUUCCUUUCGAGUGGAGGAGCAUCAGCGGAGUUUACGGUCGCCUGGUCGUUAACGCCUAUUACCGAGCUGAUUCAUGGCCGCGUCGACACGGCGUCCACACCUGGAAAUAAUGGCUCUCUGCCAAGGAGGAGGAGGAGGAGGAGGAGGAGGAGGAGGCUGGCAGCUCGCUGGUGGAGGAGAGUAAUUUAUUUAAACAAUGUAAAGAAAUACAAGCUUCACACGAUGUGGCUCUGCCCGGAGGGACACAUAUUCAUUGGAACAUUUGGAACAUUUACAAAUUAUUAUUAUUGGAAAUUAUCGUGACGAUAUACUUUAAAUCCAGGAGCUCCACAUCCCCCCCCCCCCCCCCCCCCCGCCAAAACAACCUCUCCAUCUAGUUAGAACUGUUCAGAAAAUAUGUUUCUAAAAUAUAUUUGGGGUUAUAAUGAUCAUUUUCAUCUGUAAAAAUAUUUUUGGGGGCAACAACGUAGCAAAUAUUGCUAUUGAUUUUAAAUAUUAGUUUGAAUUUAUAAGAGCUAAAUGUGACAAAUUAAAAUUUCAACCAGCAGUCCAAGACCCCCAGAAUAUUCAGUUUAUUGUCAUAAAUCACAAAGGAAGCGACGUAAUCGAUAGAUCAGCUGAUUGUUUUAAAUUCUCAACCAAAACCAAUUAUUUCAAUCGUUAGAGAAUAUGUUGGUUCAUGCUAAUACAAUAAUUGACUCAUUAUUUAGUAUUUAUUUAUAAUUUUAAAACAUCAAACAUUUGUAUCAGGCUCUACUAAAAACAACAAUAUGACUUAGGACACAAUAAUGACCUACGUUGCGGUUAUGUUGAUGUUGUUGCAGCGAGGACGUCACGAUUUAUGCAAACAAUUUAAAAUCUGUGCAUUAAAGUGACAGUAAACACUGAACAUGUCCCGGUUUGCCACGUUGGAUCGUCCCGUGACCCGUUGCACGUGAUUCAUGUGCAAGCAGUUCAUUUUUUAUCUCAUCUGUUUAUUCAAGAAAGUCAGAAACAUCUUGAACUUUGACCUUUUUUUAUGUUGUAUUCUCUGCUCUGUAAAUCAGAUCUUGGUCAUGUUACUGCCGUGCACCCGGAGCUCUGUCGGUCAGGUGUGUACACGAUGAGCUGAAUGUUGAUUUCCAUCAGUGUAAAUGUAAAAACACUUGUGAUUCCCUCUUUUGAACCAUACGCACAGUCCAUGGAAGAAAAAUAGAAAAACACCAAAAAAAGAAAGAAAUCCCUUUUUUAACGAGACGUUUUCUUUUGUAAGCCGUAAUACGACACCGGACGAGAUUGUUGUUUUGAUGAUUUUUAAGUGCAAUAUAUUUAUUUUGCUCUCUGGAAAUAAUGUGUAAUGUACUAUGCCACAUUUGAAAAAAAAAAUGUUAUUUGUAAACCUUGAGAAAUAUAUAUCACCACCCAAUACUCUUUGAGUUACUUUUUUGUCCCUCCAUGAAUCACAGGUUGUCAAAAAUAAAUUGAAUUAAUAACUGA